AUGGGGACUCCCGGGACCUUCCUGCUCUGCUUCCUUGGGAUCGUGCUCUGCCUGACAGGCGCCCACGCGCUGCAGUGCUACAGCUACGAGCACACCUACUUCGGGCCCUUCGACCUCAGUGCCAUCAAGCUCCCCAGUGUCUCUUGUCCUCAGGGGUGCUCCGAGGUGGUCUUGACGCUGGAUACCGGUUACCGCAGCCUGGUGACAAUGGUCCGAAAGGGAUGCUGGACGGGCCCCACUACCGGCCCUAUGCAGACCAACCAGGAUGCUCUGCCUCCCGACUAUGCAGUGGUCCGCGGUUGUGCUACUGACUACUGCAACAGCGACCUCAAGACUCACGACGCCCUUCCCAACCUGAGCCAAGCGCCUAACCCACCGACGCUCAGUGGCACCGAGUGCUAUGCCUGCUUAGGGACUCACCCUGAAGACUGUUCUCCUGAGAAGUCCCGACGGGUCCAGUGCCACCAGGACCAGAGCGCCUGUUUUCAGGGCAACGGCCGGAUGACCAUUGGCAACUUCUCGGUGCCCGUGUACAUCCGAACCUGCCACCGGCCCUCUUGCACCACCAUGGGCACCACCAGCCCCUGGACGUCCAUCGACCUGCAGGGCUACUGCUGCGAGGGCCACCUCUGCAACAAGGCCUCGGUGACACAGACCCUCCCUGGUGCCAUGUCCUCUGCCCCUCCCCGGGCUCCCGGAAUUCUGACCCUGCUGAUCACUGCUCCGCUACUGGCCUUCACUCUGGGGGCGUCCCUCGGGCUCCCUGCAUAG